UUCAAAGUGAUUGUAUUAGUUUCAUUUAAGUUAUUGAUCAAAGUGUUUUUUAAAGACAGUCAGAUUUUAUUUAAUAAUGUUACUCAGAGCAGCUCAGUUGCACAUGAACAAAAACAGAAACCUUCUCUUAAAAAGAAAAAUAGGAGAAGACGGUUAAACUUAAACAUAAAUUACAUAUAUAUGCAUAUAUUCAAGCUCCACCUCUUCAGAUGUAAAAUGAGAUGACAUCAUGAAUUAAAGAUGCAGGAAGAGAUGCUGGGCGUGGUCACAUGACCCAGGGUUUCUCCACAUGGUUCAUUCAGAAUCAGCGCGACAACAAAGACCACAGGAUGCCCGACACAGAGACUGACUGAGAAUGGACCUGACUGGCCGUCUCCAUCCGUCCAUCAUGCUGUCGGUCACUGAAGCGGUUCCCCUGACGACCAAUCAGAGCUCGGCGUUGUGCGAGCUGCCGUACGAGGAUGGCCGCCUCCCUCUGGUGCUGCUGUACAGCUUGGUGCUGGUGGUCGGUCUUCCUGCCAACGUGCUGACGGUCUUCCUCACCUGGCUGCAGGUGCGGCGGAGGAACGUUCUGGCCGUGUACCUGUGGUUCCUGUCGCUGUUUGAUCUCGGCUACCUGUGCACGCUGCCGCUGUGGGCGGACUACGUGGUCCAAGGUCACCAAUGGCGGUGGACAUCGAUGGCGUGCAAGGUGACGGGCUACAUCUUCUUCACCAACAUGUACGUCAGUAUUUUCCUGCUUUGCUGCAUCUCCUGCGACCGCUACGUGGCCGUGGUCUACAGCGUGGAGACACGAGGCCGCCGCCACCGCCGCCACGCCGUCCUGAUCACUCUCGCCAUUGUCGUGGUGGUGGCCGUCGGGCACGUCCCCGUCUUCACCAUGAAGGAAGGUGCCGCUGCCGAGGGCCAGCGCCGCUGCUUCGAGCCGAGUCAGAGUGGCGCCAUGGUGACGGGCUUCAACUACGCCCGCUUCCUGGUGGGUUUCCUGGCGCCGCUGGUGCUGCUGGUGCUGACGAACCGCGGCGUCCUGGCCAACGUGCAGCGCAGCACGGGGCUGCAGCAGGAGCACAAGCGGCGCGUCCGGAGGCUGGCGGUGGCCGUGGUGGCGCUCUUCCUGGUCUGCUUCGCCCCCUAUCACCUCAUCCUUCUGGCCAGAGCCGUCAACUUCCACUUACCCCGACCCAAGGGCGGCUCCUGCCUGUUCGAGUCCACCAUGUACACCCCCUACACCGUGUCCCUGGGCCUGUCCACCAUCAACAGCGCUGCCAACCCCCUCCUCUACGUCCUGUCCAGCGAGAACAUCCGUAGGGAGCUCGGCCGGGGACUCAGCCACGUCUUUGGUCCUCGGUCCAACAACAGCCAGAACCAGAUCCACACCUUGGAGAUGACCUCUGGUUUCCUCCAGGGUCCGACUGGACCACCAGAGACCACAGACAGCUGAGGCGGUUGCGAGGUCUCUACUGGACCCUACUGGACCCUACUGGACCCUGCUCAACUCUACUGGCUCUACUUGACUCUGCUGGUCUCUACUGGUCUCUACUGGACCCUGCUGGACUCUGCUGGACUCUACUGGCUCUACUUGACUCUGCUGGUCUCUACUGGUCUCUACUGGUCUCUACUGGACUCUACUGGACCCUGCUCAACUCUACUGGCUCUACUUGACUCUGCUGGUCUCUACUGGUCUCUACUGGACCCUGCUGGACUCUGCUGGACUCUACUGGCUCUACUUGACUCUGCUGGUCUCUACUGGUUUCAACUGGACUCUACUGGACUCUACUGGCUCUACUUGACUCUACUGGUCUCUACUGGUUUCAACUGGUCUCUACUGGACUCUACUGGUUUCUGCUGGUCUCUACUGGACUCUACUGGUUUCAACUGGUCUCUACUGGACUCUACUGGUUUCUGCUGGUCUCUACUGGUCUCUGCUGGACUCUGCUGGUCUCUAGUGGCUCUGCCUUAUUGGGGUCUGGGUUUUCUCGGUGGGUUUUUAUAUUACUGGACUGGACUCUCUUUGAUUUAUGAUUUGUGUCAUGUUCAAACUCAAUAAAUGUUUAGAUCACGUCUUUAGAACCGAAUAAAUGUCCCUGGUCCUUUGAAGUAAUUUAGUCCUUGUUGACAGGAAGUCUGACCUGAUUCCUGCUGCGCUCUGAUUGGCUCUGCUCUCAUCCGGCUGCUCUGAUUGGCCUCAUUCAUUAUUUAGGAGCUUAGACUGAGUGUAACAUGAAUCAUUGAUGAGUGACCUGGAUUUAAAUAUGACAAAAACUAAAAGAGUCUGGUUCUCUGACCUCUGACCUCAUGAUGAUGUUUUUGACGGUUUAUCAGCUGAAUUUUACGCAAGUUUCUGGAAAAUUGUUGAAGCUCCACUUAUUGAGAAUGAGACUAGAUUCUAAAUUAUUUGCACUUGUAUUUACUGGACCUUUAAAAAACAAAUCUGAACAAGAUAAUAAAUGAAAACAAACAGACUUCA